CAUACUCACUCACACACACAUACCUCCUCCAGCUCCACCAUGGCUUCCUCUGCCCUGUCUGUCUGCUCCAGCGACCUGAGCUACAGCAGCCGGGUCUGCCUGCCCGGGUCCUGUGACUCCCGCACCGGCUCCUCCUGGCAGGUGGACGACUGUCCAGAGAGCUGCUGCGAGCCCCCCUGCUGUGCCCCCAGCUGCUGCGCCCCGGCCCCCCGCCUGACCCUCCUCUGCGCCCCAGUGAGCUGCGAGUCCCGCCCCUGCUGCCAGCCAGCCUGCAGCAGCUCUUGCCCAGCCUUGUGCUGCCAGCAGUCUAGCUGCCAGCCCUCCUGCUGCACCUCCUCCCCUUGCCAGCAGGCCUGCUGUGAGUCCGUCUGCUGCAAGCCUGUCUGUUGCACAUCUGUCUGCUGUACACCUGUCUGCUGCAGGCUUGUCUGUUGUAAGGCCUCCCCCUGCUCAACCUCCUCAUGUUGCCAGCAGUCUAGCUGCCAGCCCUCCUGCUGCACCUCCUCCCCCUGCCAGCAGGCCUGCUGUGAGCCCGUCUACUGCACCCCUGUCUGCUGCACCCCUGUCUGCUGCAGGCCAGUGUGCUGUGAGGCCUCCCCCUGCUCAGCCCCCUCAUCCUGCUGCAGACCCUCCUGCUCCUCUGGGUCCCUCCUCUGCCGUCCUGUGUGCCGCCCCACCUGCUGUGUGCCCACCUCCUCCUGCCAGUCCAGCUGCUGCCGCCCAGCCUCCUCCGUGUCCCUCCUCUGCCGCCCCGUGUGCCGCCCUGCCUGCUGUGUGCCCACCUCCUCCUGCCAGCCCAGCUGCUGCCGCCCGGCCUCCUCCGUGUCCCUGCUCUGCCGGCCCGCAUGCUCCCGCCCAGUCUGCUGCGUCCCUGCCUCGGCCCCGGAGCCCUGCUGCUGACUUGGCCCCUCAGGGCCAGCCAGGCUCCAGGGUCCCUCAACAGAGAGGCUCAGCUCAGAGCUAUCAGCCCUUAACCUCCCCCAGGACUUUAACCCCAGAAAGGACACCCACAGGCCGUCUCCUCUGUGUCACCAGGAAUGACUGGGACUCCUCAUCCUCCAGGGUCUUCUCAGCAGUUGCUGCCAAGGUUAUCCUAGAGCCUAAACCCAGGCUGAGUCAUCACAGCGGGUCCGGUUCUCUGGGCCCCGCCCCUCCUCCAGGCCCCGCCCCUCCUCCAGGCCCCGCCCCUCCUCCAGGCCCCGCCCCCUCGGCUCCCAGACUCUCCUCCGCAGUACCUGCCAGCCUAGCCUGAUAAACUCGGCUUCUUCACUCUACAUGCUUCCUCAUCCCAUGUCCUCUCCUGAUGUGAGUGUGGUGGUGGCAGGGGCUCCGGGGAGGGGCACACACCGCCCUCAGAACUCCAAACAGAACCUCCUAUGACCCUUCCUGGGAGAAGAGAACCAGGAAGGCCCCGGAGUCAGGACCUGGCAAGACAGGGCGCAGCCACCCUGUGCUUCAGGCCGAGGUUGUGCUGUCCAGGCCUCCCCCACAAAGCCGAGGGGUGGCUGCGCACCCCGAGGUCAAUCACGAGGCCUUGGAGGCCUGCCGCUCUGCAACCCAGCCACAUUCUGCCUUUCUUCCGUGGCACUUGCAGCCCUCCCUCCCCGGUGAGGUCCCGAGGACAGUGAAUAGUGUUUCCUCAGCUCUGAAUGCUGCUUAUCAAAGGUGCACUGUGUCCAUCCUGAAGGCUCCACGCAGAUCCCCUCACAAGAACCCACCAUGGGGUCCCAUCUGCCACUGUUGCUUUGACCCCAGCAUCCAUGCCAGGCUGCUCCCAGCACACGAUUGGGACAGCAGGACAGAAGCCUGCUCCAACUAUACAACCACCUGCUGAGGCAUUCUCAGAGCUGUGUGGAGGGCCAAGGUGCUGCCCGCCAGGCCCUCCUUCCUUCCUGCUCCCCAUGCAGGGGAGUCUGGUCAACCUAGGCAUGUCAAAGCCCUUCCCCAUUCCGCUCCCCCUCUUACUCUUCCCCCAAAAUAAACUUAUAGCGAGUCUAUCAC